UGCUGUUGGGCAGAGGUCGGGGUGAAGUCGUGAGCAUGUAACUGGUGGAUGUGCAGAAGCUGUCAAAAUAAUGCAAAAUGUAAGCCAGUUGAUCGUUUUCUCCAUCGCUCUUUUUUUAACUGAUAAAAACGUUCAUUUCUUCGAGCGAUAUAUAUUUUUGCACCACCAGAUGGCGCACAGACACCGGGCUCGCCACAGCUGUUUCAUCAAAAAUGAAAAUAAGAACUGCCAGCUCUGGAAUAAUACAAUUUGCCCAUUUGUGCCUUUUCAUGAAUCAAACGAGUGUGGUUUGAGGAAGAAAGUUCCGUCUGUUUGACAUUCCGCAAGCGGAGCUGAGCUCUGCUGUUUUGGGCUUGUUUUUGCCUGUCAGGACUGCUUACAUCUGGAAAACCUUGCUCCACAAAACUUUCACUUUAAGAAGGCGCGUCUAGGCUGCGGUGUGGUGUGUUUAUUGCGAUCCUUAAAGUGGCACAUGGACGCCGUGGCUGGGCUCUGCAUGGCACGACACUUUGUACCUACAGGUUCGGUCCAUUGUGGGGAGGAAACGUUUUGACGAAACCGACCCACGGAGCACGUUCCUGUAGUCUUUUUCCAUCUUUCUCAUUUAUUUUUGAAUCCACGGCACCCACGGUGUAUGCGGCAGCGUGAACUCCUCGCCGAGGCGCGCAGCGAGGCGAAGGAAAGGAUCAGCAGAUUCAAACGGACGGACAGGGGUGGUGUUGGUGGGGUCGGGAUCAAACAAGACAUGAAAUGAUCACCAGUCAGGCGUCAAAGGUGAAGCACACUGGGGCGUGAGGGAAAUGGAGGCACCGCCAGGGACGAGCUGCUGUGAGCCCACCUUGGCCAAACAGGACUAACCGAGUCGUGAAAGUGAUUGGGAUGGCAGCAUCCAGCAACUCAAGCCUCUCAGGUUCAUCUUUAUCCUCUGACCCUGAGGAUUAUCAGCCACCCAUAUGGAAGUCUUAUUUGUACCAGCUACAGCAGGAAGCCCCAAGACCAAAGAGGAUCACAUGUCCUCAGGAGAUGGAGAGCAGACCGAAAUACUAUGGCAGAGAAUUUCAUGGCGUGAUCUCUCGAGAUUAUGCUGAUGAGCUGCUGGUGGGAACAGAGGGUGCUUACCUCAUCAGGGAGAGCCAAAGACAGCCAGGGACAUGCACCUUGGCCUUAAGGUUUGGACACCAGACCCUCAACUACCGAUUGUUUUACGAUGGGAAGCACUUUGUCGGGGAGAAGCGGUUUGAGUCGGUCCACGACCUUGUGACGGACGCCCUCAUCACUCUUUACAUCGAGACCAAGGCAGCAGAGUACAUCGCCAAAAUGACCACUAACCCCAUCUACGAGCAUCUUGGUUACACGUCGCUGCUCAAGGACAAAAUGGUGCACAGACUGAGCCGUGGACGCACAGAACCACGCAGGGUCACCUUCCAGAGAGAUGAAAAGAUCUCUUCACCUCUGGUGCGACGGAGUGCCUUGAAAGAUAUGCCGGAGAAGCAGUGCUCCUAUGAAAAGAUCCACAACUUCAAGGUACAUACCUUUCGAGGGCCGCACUGGUGCGAAUACUGUGCUAACUUCAUGUGGGGCCUCAUUGCACAGGGAGUCCGCUGCUCAGACUGUGGGCUGAAUGUACACAAACAGUGCUCCAAGCUUGUUCCCAGCGACUGCCAGCCGGACCUGCGCAGGAUAAAGAAAGUGUUUAGCUGUGACCUCACGACACUUGUCAAAGCUCACAACGCAACGCGGCCCAUGGUGGUGGACAUGUGUAUUCGAGAAAUAGAACUCAGAGGUAUGAAAUCCGAAGGUCUCUACAGGGUGUCUGGCUUCUCUGAGCACAUUGAGGAUGUGAGGCUUGCUUUUGAUCGAGAUGGCGAGAAGGCUGACAUCAGUGCCAGUGCCUAUGCAGACAUUAACAUAAUUGCUGGUGCUUUGAAGCUUUACUUUAGAGACCUCCCCAUUCCAGUCAUUACAUUUGACUUGUACUCCAAAUUUAUUCAAGCUGCAAAACUUCCAAAUGCUGAAUCCCGACUGGAGGCCAUUCACGAAGGUUUGCUGCAGCUCCCUCCGGCCCACUAUGAGACCUUACGCUACCUGAUGGCUCACCUCAAGAGGGUGACAAUGUUUGAAAAGUACAACUUAAUGAAUGCUGAAAACCUGGGGAUUGUCUUCGGUCCAACUCUUAUGCAGCCGCCGGAGCAGAACGCCUUGACAACCCUGAAUGACAUGAGGCAGCAGAAGCUAGUGGUGCAGCUUAUAAUAGAGCAUGAAGAUGUAUUAUUCUAAGGAGCGAGGCGUCCGCCCAUUACAAAAGAAGAGAAGGACAACUAUUUAUUCUAUCAGAGGAAAUUCAAGCCACCUUAAUUCUAGUGAAGAGUCUGAAUUCAUUGUCGCAUGACAGUUUCACUUUGUCGGUUUUAGUGUUGACAUCGUCUUGUUACUGUAAGUUUUGGGUCUCUACGCUCAGCCAAGACCAUCAUUUAGAUAUUAGGAAAGGAUCCUGUGUUUCUAACUACCUACAGUGCAGUUCCCUCCUCUGUUUAAUUUGAAGACUGUCACUACCUGGUGUAGACUCAGUCAUAAUGACAGUGCUGUGUGAAAUCUGCUCUGGGCACAUUGUCAGUCAGUGAAAGCUGUGUAAACUAAGCCUCACAGAUCAGCCAAGUUAAUGUUUCUAACAUGACGUGUGCAUAUGUUGUACUGUUUGCGAGAAUGCUGGUUUAAAAAUGGGAUAAAACAAUGCAGAUCCUGUCAUUGUACAUAAAAUCAGAUCAUCCAAUGAUCGAUAUUUUGACUCUGUGUACAAACAAAGAGAAAUAAUAAGAAAUGAGACAAUUGGGCGCUCAUAAAGCACUUUUUUGCAACGUGUGUAUAGAUUUAUUUUGUACAGAUGUUUAUUUUUGUGUUUCUGCAUUGUUCUUUGUCACAAAUAAUAUAUUCUGUCGGGGCCGGUUGUUUGUGGACUUGUUUGUGUCGAUGCAAAAACGGUCCUCGAAAGAAGAGUACUGUCAGAAAAAGCAAACGUGCGUGGGUGCACCAUUUCGACUUUCAGUGUAUUCAGUGUUAUGUGAGGAAUACACAUGUGGAUUAAACACUGGUCAUUUAUUCAUGUCCUAUUGAAGACUGCAACAGAUGAGCAGAGCUCCUCUGUAUACAUGCCGGUUGCUCAUGUUGCAGUGUUUCAGUAUUUCAUGCUGUAAUUUGGAAUAUUUUCAAUAAUGAUCUGUUUUUUUUCUUCUUCUUUUUUUAUUGCCAGUAACAUUGCUCUGUGCAGCUUGAGUUGCAGUUUGCUUAACUGUCAUACUAAAGCUGUACCGGGCGUGUUUCUUUCACACUUGGUUCGAUUGAAUCCUUUCUACAAAUCCAUUUUAUCAAAUUGUAUUUUUGUGACAGUUGAUAAUGUAAUUUAUGAAAUGAUGAUGAUUUAUUAAAGGUUUUAAAGCUUGA